AUGAAAUCUCUUGCACUUUUCCUUGUCCUUGGAGCGGCUUUUUGCGACCAGACCCAAGGAACACAGAAGCCAGAUUGGGCGGACGAGACCAAAUUUGGCUCUUACCAAGACGCCUGGAAGAGCAUUUCUCAAGACCAAAGCAAAAGAUACUAUUUGGCGAAGGCGACAACACAGAAUGAUUCUGUAUGGGGGGAUGGUUUUACUUGUGUGAGUGUUACGGGUGUGAAAAUUCAAAGCGAGGACAACAAAAUUAACGCUACGAUCCUCUACAAAAAUACCAAGGAGCCUCAACUCCAAACUAGUCAUGAAACAGUGAGUACCAUGAAACUAUACAACUAUUCCAACAAGGACAAUGGCAUCAAGUACGAGACCCAAGGGGCAGAGAAGCAAACUUUCAGCGAUGCUUUUGUAUUCUCUGACUACAAGGACUGCGAUGUCAUUUUCGUUCCGGAAUCGGAGGGAAGCAAAACAGGAGAUUAUGAAUUGUGGGUCAGUGAGGACAAGAUUGAAGAUAUUCCCAGCUGCUGCAAGUUUCUCAUCGCGUACCUUGCAAGCCUGCAGGGGAAGACGGUUCGUGAUGUUUAUACUAACUCAUCAUGCAAACCAUCAGCAGCGCAGAAGUGA